GCUGCAAACUCUCCGGCUACAAAGAAGGCGGUUCCUUCAUUUCGUCGGAUCCAAAGCGGGGAAAACAAAAUAAGAACAGCCCAACGGGCGCCUUCAUAUCCUCCCCGCAAAAUUUCGUACUCUCAGAUCUUCCCUCAUCGAUUAAUAAUGGCGAGAAUGCCUCAGUCGUACUCAAUGAACGCUCCCUAUGGCCCGCGCUUCUCGCUGCCGCCGACUCCUCCUGUCCGUCCGGGUACCGGCGGCAGAGGAGCCGGAAAGGACCGGACAAUGGCGACGGUGGGGCAGUUAUUACUCGACAUUAGGAACCCCGCGCUGCGGGAGAACGCACUGCUCCUUCUAUCCAAGAGAAAAGAUAUAUUUCAAGAUCUAGCUCCAUUAUUGUGGAAUUCUUUUGAAACAAUUACAACAAUUUUGCAGGAAAUAGUUUCAAUAUACCCAGUUCUUUCAAAAAAUACUCUAGACUCAGGUUCAUCGAAUCGUGUUUGCAAUGCACUUGCUCUUCUUCAGAGCGUAGCUUCUCAUUCAGAAACAAGAAUUCCUUUCCUUAAUGCUCAUAUUCCUCUAUAUUUAUACCCUUUUUUGAUGACUACAAACAAGACCAAGCCUUAUGAAUAUCUUAGACUGACUAGUUUGGGUGUGAUUGGAUCUCUUGUAAAGAAUGAUGAUACUGAGGUUAUCAGCUUUCUUCUUCAAACAGAAAUAGUUCCCUUGUGUCUACGCACCAUGGAAAUUGGAAGUGAGCUAUCAAAAACAGUUGAGUAUCGAAUUUCCUAG